GCAAAGGCAUCAUGAGUUGUCAGCUCUCCUGCAAAUCUCGAGGAGGAGGAGGAGGAGGAGGAGGAAGAUUCCGGGGCUUCAGCAGUGGCUCAGCUGUGGUCUCUGGAGGGAGCCGGGGAUCAACCACCAGCUUCUCCUGCUUGAGCCGCCAUGGCGGUGGUGGAAGGGGCUUUGGUGGAGGCGGCUUUGGCAGUCGGAGUCUUGUUGGCCUUGGAGGGACCAAGAGCAUCUCCAUUAGUGUGGCUGGAGGAGGUGGAAGCUUUGGCUCCGGUGGAGGAUUUGGUAGCAGAGGAAGUGGCUUUGGAGGUGGCAGCGGCUUUGGAGGUGGCAGCGGCUUUGGAGGUGGCAGCGGCUUUGGAGGUGGUGGUUUUGGUGGAGGCGGCUUUGGUGGCGGCCGCUUUGGAGGUGGUGGUGCUUUAGGAGGUUUUGGAAAUUUGGGGGGUCUUGGUGGCUUUGGGCCUGGAGGAUACCCUGGGGGAGGCAUCCAUGAAGUGUCUGUCAAUCAGAGCCUACUGCAGCCUCUCAACUUGAAAAUUGACCCUGAGAUACAGAAUGUGAAGUCUCAGGAGCGGGAGCAGAUCAAAACUCUCAACAACAAAUUUGCCUGCUUCAUCGACAAGGUGCGGUUCCUGGAACAGCAGAACCAGGUGCUGAAGACCAAAUGGGAGCUGCUACAACAAAUUGAUGUCAGAACCUGUACCAUCAACCUGGAGCCCCUCUUUCAGGAGUAUAUCUCCAGACUUCAGAAUCAAGUGAACAUGCUUUGUGCAGAAAAAACAUCACAGGAUACAGAGCUGAACAACCAGCAGGAUCUUGUUGAGGAAUUUAGGAAGAAGUAUGAGGAUGAAAUCAACAAGCGGACAGCUGCCGAGAAUGAUUUUGUGACACUUAAAAAGGAUGUGGACAACGCCUACAUAAAUAAGGCAGAUCUGCAGGCCAAAGUGGACGUACUGAGCCAGGAACUUGCGUUCCUGAAAAUCCUCUUUGAUGCGGAGCUGUCCCAGAUGCAACAGAAUGUCACCGAAACCAAUGUCAUCCUGUCCAUGGACAACAGCCGCAACCUGGACCUGAAUGACAUCAUCUCUGAGGUCCAGAGCCAGUAUGAAGAGAUUGCCCAUAGGAGCAAGGCUGAGGCGGAGGCUCUGUAUCAUAGCAAGUAUGAGGAGCUCCAGAUCACAGCUGGGAAGCAUGGAGACAGCCUGAAGGAGGUGAAAAUGGAGAUCUGUGAGCUGAACCGCAUGAUCCAGAGGCUACAAGCGGAGAUCUCCCAAGUGCGGAAGCAGUGUAAGAAUGUGCAAGACUCCAUAGCAGAUGCUGAGCAGAGGGGAGAAAAUGCCCUCAAAGAUGCCCAAAACAAGCUGAAGGAGCUGGAGGAAGCUCUGCAGAAGGCCAAAGAGAACCUGGCCUGCCUGCUGCGUGACUACCAGGAGCUGAUGAACGUCAAGCUGGCUUUGGAUGUGGAGAUUGCCACCUACCGCAAGCUGCUGGAGGGCGAGGAGUGCAGAAUGUCUGGAGACCUCAGCAGCAACGUGACCGUGUCUGUGACAAGCAGCACCAUUUCUUCCAACGUGGCAUCCAGGGCUGGCUUUGGGGGCCAUGGUUCUGGAGGUAAAUGGUCCAGUUCUGGAGGAGGAUACAGCUCUGGAAGCAGCAGUUACAGCUCUGGAGGCAGAGGAUCCAGCUCCAGAGGUGGUGGUGGAGGGAGCUAUGGCUCUGGAGGAAGCUUCAAAGGAGGCUCAGGCUCUGGAGGAGGCUAUAGUUCUGGAGGUGGCUACAGUUCUGGAGGCGGCUCUAGAGGAGGCGCUGGUUUUGGAGGGGGAGGUGGCUCCAAGUCAGGUUCCGGCUCUGGAGGGGGAGGUUCUUGCUCUGAAAGGGGUGCUUCUGGCUCAGGAGAAGGUUGCGGUUCCAGCGUGACCUUCUCUUUUAGAUAAAGAUGGAGUCCCACCUUUGACUCUCUCACUCCAGAAUGCAGAAGCCUGUCUCUAUAUAUCUAAUCGACAGCAAAUCAAACCUUGUCAUCCACCUCUGAUGGCAUUUUUUUUGGGAGAAGGGAUGUCCACAUACAGUUUUUGAAAUAUUUUCUCUCCAA